AUAUAGCGUUUCCAUCAUUAGUAAGAACAAUUCCCCCCAUAGGAUCUAGAAGCAUUUUUAACAUAGAUUUAGGACCUAACGUUGUACGUACUAUAUCAGCCACUGUUUUAGCAGCCUAAAAAAUACAUCAAAAAAAUAUCCAAAAAAGAAAACGACAUUAAAAAACUACAUGAAUAUUGGCAUUUUGAGCUCGUUUUCCUUGAUCGCGUUUUGACGCAUUUUGAACCACUAGGAUCGGUUGCGGGUUGUGCAUUAUUCUAUCUAUAACCCAAUAUGUUAAAAUCAGUGGUAUAGAAGAAAUAUUAACACAAUCCGAAAAUGGGUACGACAGUUGUUCUGAAGAUUACAAUGCUAAAUUGAAUAUUGAAAGAUGAAGUUUCACUUGAACUAUUACUUAAAACAAUGCAAAAUGAUCCAUUCUUUUUCAAAUUGAAACUAUCCUAAAAAUCUGUUCCCACGGGACGUUUGGGGCAGGAAUUUUAGGUUUUGUGUAUUCUUGUUAUCCAUUAAAACCUUGAGCAUCAUCCUUUCGUGCAUUCAUUUGUCAUUUACAAUUUGGAUACUUGUUGAAUUAGAAUCACCUAACGUCGCCUAUUCAAAGGAGUUUAGAAUUUAUCAAAAAAGCCAUGGUAUCUCCUCAAUUUCUUAAUGCCCCGAUCAUUUUAUUAAAAGACGAUACCGAUGUAUCGCAAGGAAAAGCUCAAAUUAUUGGUAAUAUCAACGCAUGUGAAGCAGUUGUGGAUCUCAUUCGUACGACCCUUGGUCCUCGCGGAAUGGAUAAGUUAAUUUACGACAAAGUUCGAGCGAGUGUGACGAUAACAAAUGAUGGCGCAACUGUGAUGGAAUUACUAAAUAUAGUUCAUCCAGCUGCGAAAAUACUUUGUGACAUUGCCAAAGCUCAGGAUGAAGAAGUUGGAGAUGGAACAACGUCUGUUGUCAUUUUUGCUAAUGAAUUGCUGCUAGAGGCAAAGAAAUUUAUAGAAGAAGGUGUAGUUCCCCAGGUUAUAAUAAAAGGAUUCCAAAAAGCUGCUUGUUUGGCACAAAAAACGCUAAGUGAUAUUCAGGUUGCGUGGGAUGACCAUUCAGAUAUAAAUCGAACGAUGGUACUCCAAAAAUGCGCGGAAACCUCCCUGAAUUCCAAGCUUGUUUCGUCGUACCGUCAAUUUUUUGGCAAACUAGCAGUCGAUGCUGUUUUGAUGCUUGAUCCUUUGCAAUUGGAUAAAGAUUUGAUAGGAAUUAAAAAAGUUACAGGAGGAUCAGCAACGAAAUCUAUUUUGAUCGAUGGAGUUGCUUUCAAAAAGACAUUUUCAUAUGCAGGAUUCGAGCAACAGCCUAAGUAUAUUCUUAAUGCAAAGGUGAUGUUACUAAACAUUGAACUAGAGUUAAAAGCAGAAAAAGAAAACGCUGAAGUUCGUAUUGAAAAUCCUGAUGAAUAUCAAGCCAUUGUUGAGGCAGAAUGGAAAAUCAUAUAUAAUAAAUUGGAUCAAAUUGCUGCAACAGGAGCGCAAGUCAUUCUCAGUCGGCUACCUAUUGGAGAUUUAGCGACGCAGUAUUUUGCUGAUCGAGGCAUUUUUUGCGCGGGACGAGUUGAAGAAGCAGAUAUGUUACGGACAGUGCGUGCGACAGGAGCUCAAAUCCAAACAUCUGUGCAUAAAGUAACAAAAGAUGUUUUAGGUGUGUGUGGUGAAUUCAGUGAAAUACAAAUAGGAAAUGAUCGGUAUAAUAUAUUUAAACAAUGUCCUCACGCAAAAACAGCAACAAUUAUUCUUCGUGGUGGGGCUCAACAGUUUAUCGACGAAGCAGAAAGAAGUUUAAACGAUGCUAUUAUGGUUGUUCGUCGGGUUUUGAAAACAAAAACCAUAGUAGGAGGUGGUGGAGCUAUCGAGAUGGAACUGAGUCGAGAGUUGCGUAGCUUCAGCCGUUCGAUCAGUGGAAAACAACAAUUAAUUAUAAAUUCUUUUGCAAAAGCUUUAGAAGCCAUACCUAGAACAUUAGCCCACAAUGCUGGUUUAGAUCAAGUUGAAAUAUUAAACAAACUGCGUCAAAGGCAUUACUCAAAUACUUGCGAAACACGUUGGUUAGGAGUCGAUUGUAUUAAUGGUGGGAUUUGCGAUACCUAUGCAGAAUAUAUUUGGGAGCCGAGUGUUGUAAAACUUCAUUGUAUUAAGGCGGCAACAGAAGCCGCUUGCGUUAUUCUUUCAAUCGAUGAUACUAUUCAAAUUGGUAAAACUAACCCAGAGCCACAGAUUCCAGCUAAUGCCCCGACUGGUCGACACCGUGGGGGCAGACCUUUACGGUAAUAGUGUUGCUGUUGCAGAGACAGUAAGGUCAAGAGAACGCAGUUCUUGGUAUAAUACUAAAUAUAUUUGUACUUUGUUUUUUUUAAAAGAAAAUUCUAAAAACAUUUCAUGGUUAUCCUAACACUUUUAUUAUGUUUAAAAAAUUUCACCAUAUUUGUAUGCCUUUCAUAUUCAACAAUAUAUGAAAGUUCCAAAUGCUUUCCAUAUAUACUAGAUAUUUUGAAAGAACUCGUUAACGCACAAA